AUGGAUGGGACACGCGUGGGGCAGGAUGCCAUGAGGAACUGCACUGACCGGGAGUACUGGGACACCCUGGUUUCCCAGUGCAUCCCCUGCAGCCUGGCGUGCCGGCGCUCCCUGGCCAGGUGUGAUGCUGUGUGUGAGUCCAUGGACUGCAACAAGAAACCCGGGUUCUACUACGACGAUCUCGUGAAGAACUGCAUCAAGUGCAGCGCGGUGUGCGGGCAGCACCCCAAGGAAUGCGCCCCGUCCUGCGAGCCUCCUCCAGCCGGGCUGGAAUUGGGUUCCACGCCCGCCGCCGUGCUGGAGCAGAAGGCGUGCGCCGAGCAGGACCCGUGGCUGGUGCUGUACCUGCUGCUGGGGCUCUGCCUCUGCACCCUCAUCUGCUCCCUGCUCCUGGGCUGGACUCACCUGCGCAGGAAGGGAGAGGGGGUCUCCUGCCAGGCCAGCGCCGGCACCUGCCACUGCAAGGAGGACCCUGCCAAAGAUCGGCUGGUGGAGGCUGGCAGCGUUGGUGAUGGAUUCACCAGCAUCAGAAUCCCAGAACCAGUGGAAACCUGUGGCUUCUGCUUCCCUGGACAUGGCUCUGCUGUACAAGAGACCAAAUCCUGCCCCGGCAGCUCCUGCCACCCUGGGGAAAGGGCUGCUCCCUCCUUCUCCGGGAUCUGCAGCACGGGAAGCGCCGGGGCCGUUCCCAGCCAGGACGACGGCCACUUCAAAAUCAUCUGUUCUCCUUCCCAAGAGAAGGCACCCGUGGUGUGA